GUUGCUGAUGAAUUGGCGUUGGCGUCAGCAUUCAGAGGGUCCUGAUAGCUGUCCUGAUCCACGGCCGAGUUGACACGGCUCUGGCCCGGCGAAGUGAAAUUCCUUUGGUUCGGUGAAGCAGAAUUUGCUUUUGACGUCAGAAAUGGGAAGAGCACAUCACCAUUUCCACUGACUCUUGCUUCUCAAAGAGUUAGAUACAGCCUUCCACUCUCAAUUGCCUUUGCUGUUUUUUGAGAAAGUUUCUGGUGACGCUGCCGAGCUUGCUCUUAACAACCGUGGGACAGCUGAGAAUCCACGCACAUUUUAGGAAUGCAACGUAAGCAUCGCCGAUCAUUUUUCUUACGUGGCACCAUUUUUCGCUAACCACACAAAAUGCUGGUCGAUGAGUUUGCCGUGGGAUUCAACAGUGUUGCUAGUUUGAGGUUUGAGAGUUGGUUGAUGAGCUGUUGCAUUGAUGCAACGCUUCACUUCUCGUCUCACAAAAACGUAAGACAUCAUUCAUAAAAUCAAACAGAACGCAAUUAGUCAGUUCCACGUACCCAGUAUUGACCAUGACACAGAUCAAGGAGAAGAAUCGCGCCAAGAUUGCGCUACUUCACGAAGAGCUCGAGGCUCUCACCCCGUCGUCUACCAAAGCCAACUACAGUGAUUUGGAACUGGAUUCUUUUCUCCAGUUUACUAGAUCAGUUCCUGCUGCUGCCAAGGCCCUGUUGGCGGCACGUCAAUGGAAGGAAGAGAAUCCCGUGAGCAUUGCCGAUGUUGCUUCCUUUUAUCGAGCUCCUUCGGGAACCAAAAUCCCUCCUGCCUGCUUGGUCUGUUUGGAAGACGGCAAGGGCGGUGUGGCGCGGGACAGUGAAGGCCGACCCAUUAUCUGGAUGAUGGGUGUUAUCUACGGCAACAAGGAAGAACUGAAACAACAAGUGACAUACGCACUCCAACGAGCCGCAAAGUACCGACUCCCUCAUCAUCGACCGGACGAAGUAUGCUUUGUUACUGAAGUCAUGUCACGAACUGCCAAUCCACUUCGAUUGGGCUUGUGUUCUACCUUUCGAUUCCCAGAUUCCGCCGUCCGAUCACUCUUUGACGUAAUGAAGACGUACUUUCCAGGAUCCCAAUUCUCUGUCUUGCACUUUUGUGGACUACCGGGCUUUGUCACAAGUGCCUUCAAAAUGAUCAAACCCUUUGUGUCAGCAGAAGUCUUUAGUCGACUCAAGCUAAAGCCAAACUUUGUACACUUGAAGCGAGAUGGAUAUGUCGAUCCAGAAUCCAUAUUGCCAGAAUGGGACAAGGCAGGAACUUUCCAAUUCGAUCUAGAUGAAUACGUCGAAUGGAGGGCCAAACAAGAGGGAAUCCCCUUGUCACAGAUCCCUCCUCGUGGACAAGGACGUUCCUAUUCCAGCUUUAGCGACAACAAUCCCGCCGACUUUGGAUUGACCACAGAAGCACUCUUGGGGUCACCCGAGAAACGACAAGAAGUAAUCAAAAUGGGUUGGAUGGAAAAGCGGGGGUCCGGUAUGGGCAUGUUCUCCUCCUUCCGAUGGAAGACCAAGUACAUGCUCUUGACUCCAGGCUGUCUCUUUUACUUUGAAACGGGCAAGAUCUCGAAUACCAACACGGCACAGCGAAUGAUUACCAUUGAGCCAGGGAGCAGUGUGGAACGAUUGCCAUGCACAGAAGAAGGAAACGACAUGAAAGCCAUGAUCUGUUUGCAGUCAGAAGGCCGCGACUACAUUUUCGGUUUCACCAAUGAGGAUGAGGCUGAGGAAUGGCUGUGUGCUUUGCAAAGUGAAUGCCAAAACCAAAAUGAGGAUGACGACGACGAGGACACAGAUGCUACCAGUACUGGCACUCCGGAACCACUGAUCUAUCCAACCUCUGUGAAAAGGUUGUUGGUGGGCGAAUUUGAAUUUUGAACAUGAACACACAAUCAACUAACUGGAACUGCAUUGCAUGGCUGCUUGCCAUGGCAGCGACCCAAAACCAUGAACACAUCACCCAUUCUUACUCUAGUUUUUGAAACUCUUCCUCCGUCAAAUCAUUCUGAUACUAGAACUCUUUGAAUUAAAAUUGUAAAUAAAUGUAAAUGAAACGACUUUUCG